CGUUUUCUGUCAUCUGUCAUUCGAAACGACAUAUUUUUCUUUUUUGUUGUGAGUUGUGAUGAGCAUUUCAUAAUUGAAUAUAGAGCUUUUGGUGGAUUAUUUCUUUCAUUUCAUUCAAACACACUCUAUAUUUACAUGCGUCUUAGAGUUUGCGAGCGACGUUGAGACCCGCACUGAAAACAAGCCUAAAUCAUGGGGGUUCCCAAGUUUUUCAGAUACAUAAGCGAACGCUACCCUUGUUUGAGUGAAUUUGUGAAAGAAUAUCAGAUCCCAGUUUUUGAUAAUUUGUAUUUGGACAUGAACGGCAUAAUCCACAUGUGUUCGCAUCCGGACGACAACAACCCUCACUUUCGAAUCACCGAGGAGAAGAUAUUCGCGGACAUUUUCCACUAUAUUGAAUUUUUAUUCCGGAUGAUCAAGCCCCAAAAGGUGUUCUUCAUGGCAGUGGACGGGGUGGCGCCCAGAGCCAAAAUGAACCAGCAAAGGGGACGCCGGUUUCGGUCGGCGAAAGACGCGGAAAAAAUGGAACUUGAGGCGAAAAAAAAGGGCGAGAAAUUGCCCGACGUGGAACGUUUUGACUCAAAUUGUAUCACACCUGGCACUGAGUUCAUGGCCAGGUUGCACGAACAGUUGAAAUAUUUCGUCGUUUCUAAAGUUUCAACCGACAAUAUGUGGAAAAAGUGUAAAAUAAUUUUAUCAGGGCAUGAGACGCCCGGCGAAGGGGAGCAUAAGAUCAUGGAUUAUAUAAGGUACAUUAGGUCCCAGCCUGGGUAUGAUCCAAAUACGCGCCACUGUCUUUAUGGCUUGGACGCUGAUCUCAUUAUGUUGGGGUUGUGCACCCAUGACCCCCACUUCUCACUGUUGAGGGAAGAGGUCAAGUUUGGCAAAAAAGCCAAACGAAGCAAUGUACCUGAAGAGAUAAGAUUUUAUCUGCUGCAUUUAUCUUUAAUGCGAGAGUAUUUAGAAAUGGAAUUUUCGCCUCUCAAGGAGGCUUUGAAGGAUUCAGAUAAGAUUAAAUUUGACAUUGAAAACAUUAUUGACGACUGGAUUCUGAUGGGCUUCCUUGUUGGAAACGAUUUUAUACCAAAUUUGCCUAAUUUGCACAUCUCUAAUGGAGCAUUACCUGUUCUUUAUAAAGCUUACAUUGAAGUCUUACCAACAUUAGAUGGCUACAUUAAUGAAGCCGGAACGCUGAAUUUAGAGCGGUUCGAAAAAUUUAUGAAAAAGUUGGCAGAUGUAGAUAUAAAAAACUUUGAGGAAAUCCAAGAUGAUUUAACGUAUUUUGAACGCAAAACUGGGAGAAAAGCAACUGCGCAUCUUCCCGUUAGUUCUAAACCUGUUAAAAACGGCGAGGAGAAAAAAAUUGACCCCGCACUUGCUGAAUUAAUAGCAGCAACCGAUAGUUUGGCCGUCUCUUCCGAUGAAGAAGACUUCGAAAGUAGCAUUUCAUCAGAAGAAGACGAGGCUUUCAAAAGUUACAAAGACGAGUAUUAUCGUAAUAAAUUAGAGUUCCAAGAGGUGACGCGAGAAGUGAUGCGAGAGCAAGCCGAAGGCUACGUCCGUGCCAUCCAAUGGAACUUGAAUUACUACUACAACGGAGUGUGCUCAUGGUCGUGGUUUUAUCCACACCACUAUUCGCCCUACAUCUCCGACAUUAAGGGUUUUUCCGAUUUGAAAAUCGACUUUGAGCUCGGAAAACCCUUCAAACCUUACGAACAAUUACUGGCUGUGUUGCCCCCAGCCAGUAAAAAACUCCUCCCGGAAUGUUACCAUUCCUUAAUGACUGAUGAUAAUUCGCUGAUCAAAUCAUACUACCCUGAGGAGUUUCAAACCGACCUAAACGGCAAACGCCAGGAGUGGGAAGCUGUGGUCCUUGUGCCUUUCAUCGACGAGAAAAAUCUGCUCAAUGCCAUGAAACCGUGUAAUGAAUUAUUGACCCCCGAAGAGGCAAAACGGAAUAAUCACGGGCCGAUGUUGGUGUAUGAGUACACAGAUGAGGACUUGGGGGUUUACGAACCGCCCAGUUAUUUCCCGAAAGUUGUAAAUAGGGCUCGUUGCACCCCUGUUAACAUCGAGGAUAUUAGAGUCCCCAAAGACAAGCUAGUCAAGGGGGCAUAUCCUGGUGUAGUUUUCGAUGUUUACUACCCCGGUUUCCCCACUUUGAAACACUUGAAAUAUGAAAGCAAGUUCAAGAAAGCCAGGGUUAAAGUGUUCGAAAUGCCCAGUCGUAACGAGAGUUUAAUACUGAGGAUUUUACCGAGUGAGAAGUACACCGGUGAUAGCAUCCCGUUGGAUUUAUUAGGGAAGGUCGUAUGGGUGGGGUGGCCCAACCUCACCGAAGCAAAAGUAAUUGCAAUUUCGAAUCGGAAAGAAAAGUACGUGUUUUCCGGUACCAACAACCAUAAAGUUGAUGAUCGGACGAAAAAUUCAACCUUUGAGAGUGAACUAGAGGGAGUGUCGCAGUAUUAUAGGGAACGAAUGGGUAUUGAGUUCGGAAAUACGGACGUUCUCGUUCAUGUGAACCUCCUCUCCGGUCGAAAAUACGUCUUUACGUCAAAUAUGAGAGCAACACUGGAGAGGCAAUUCACGCAAAUCCAGUCAAAUUAUCCCUUACAAAGCAUAGUGACUGACAUUGCGAUUCACGACGACCUUCGCACGAACUUUCAAACUGUUUCGGACGUAUUUGCGCCCAAUUCGAUUUGUUUUUCGCUCACGAAUCCUUAUUACGGCUCACAGGGCACAAUUGUGGACUGUGCUGAGUCGCUAAAGAACAACCAUUUGAAAGUCUCACUGACUGUUACAGCCGAACCGGACCUCAGUAAAGCGCAAAAUAUCGACGAAAAGUUGAAGAGAAAUUACAUGAGUCUUGCAAAUUCGGCGUGUCAGUUGGCCAUGUCGAAUUACGUGUUUUCGCGAAUUACUGGUUCUUUGUUUGUGCAAACGAGGACCAAUGAGGGGUUGUUCAAAACUGUAAAUAUCGGUUUGGACAUGAAAUUUAGCAAGAAAAAUCAGGAAACGCCAGGUUAUACGAGGAAAAUCGAAAAUGUUUGGUUUUACACCAGUAAGGCUGUGGAUUUAGUUAGGGAAUACAUAAACAAUUUCCCAGAAGUUUUUCGCUUUCUUGCCUCUGGUUCCAACGACGAUCUUGACGCCGAUGCGAUUUUUGGCGAAGAUGGGGACGAAAAGGUGAAAAGCAUUCAGACUUGGUUAAAGUCGUUGCCUGUACACAAUAUUGAGAGGCGUGUUUGCGGAAGUUCCGUCUUGGAGCCGGAAGUUGUAGCGGAGAUCGAAAAAGAAGUCGAUCAGUUGAAAGAUUCCCCCAAAAAUAUUGUCAUGCAAAUUAAACCACAUUUGCUGUAUAAGCCUGAAAUUCAGACGGGCUAUUUGGCCCCAGACCCUCUUGCCCGAACUCGAGUAUUUGACCGAAUUGUCAAUGUUCGUGAGGGUUUUACUGUUCCUCUCGGCCUCAAAGGCACCGUCAUUGCAAUCCAUAAGUCACCUAACGUCCUUAAAAACGAAAACGAAAUCUAUGAUAUUGUUUUCGAUAAACCAUUCGCGGGCGGAUUGGCUUUGAACUGUUCCGAACAGCGGGGUUAUCGUCUGUCGAAAAUUUCUUUCAUUAAUAUUAGUUAUGGCAGGAGGCAAAUGGAGGAGAAAACUGGAGUGCCAGGUGCGUUAAGGGCAUUAGCUAAGGAAAGACGUAACGUAAACACCAACAUUAGUACAAAUAUGUAUGCCAGGCAGCAAAAUUCUGCCUUUGCUUCGGUUAAUAAAGCACAACCUAGUUUAAUGGGGCCACCGUAUAAAAACAAUCACUUUAACACAAACCAGUAUCCAGUGAGGCCACAAAUGCCCAUACCUGCCUACGAUCAACCAAAAAUGAAAAAUUCGUUCUAUUACAUGAGCGACUUUACGCAAAUGCAGGGGUCCAAGAUUAAUAAAGAAAACGCAGUCACUUGGAGAACUACAGAAAUGAACAAUCAGAACAGGCAUAUGAGGGGACCCAAUAAUGUUACGCAAAACACUGUAAAUUCUGCCAAGCCAAAAACUGAGGUAAACACUGAUUUCUUAAAACGGAUUUUAAACAUUGAUAAUAAUGUCGAGAAAUCGAGUAAUCCGAAAUUAAAUGUGCCGGUUCAAAAUUGUUCAACUUCAUCAAGUCGAAAGCCGGAAAUGGGGACUGCGGCGAGCGCUACCGCUAAUUUAUUAAGCUAUUAUCAGUCAAACGCUUGGGGUUGUCCGAGGUAUUUUUACCUCGAACAAAACAACGGAUAUGCUGCACAAGUUGUUCUACCUAGCGGUAAAUCCAUAUCGGGAAAAACCGCAAAAUCUCGGGAAGAAGCGAGUGAAAAUGUGGCGCUAGAUGCCUUAAACAUGCUAAAAAAUAAGAGUUCUAAGCCAGCAAAAACGGGCCUUCCGUCCGAAUUUCCCGUGCCCCCAACCAAGUGGGUCCAAGACCGCCAACAACAAAACAAAAUGCCAUCCCAAGUUUUUGUGAAUAAGUCGUACCAGUUCAAACAGGGUGGACAUAGUCAGCAUCAGAGAAUGCCGCCCCCGCACCAAACGGACUACAGUAGAAGGGACCCCGAGUCUAAUUUUAGUCGAAAUCCGCACACGAGUGCGAAAGCACACAAUUUCGUGCCGCUUCAAGCGUUAAAAAAGAAGCAAACUCAUGGGAAUAAGAAUCUUAACACUGGGAAUAAGAAUGUUAAUGAAAAUUCACCGCGGAAAAAACAAGAAAAAACUGAUGUUUCAAGUAACAGCCAAAACGCUGGAAUCUCGAAGGCAUGUGAGUUGGAGCGAAAUGACCGGCGGGAUAAAUCAGCAAAGCAGAGGAAAACUAGAAUUGCAGCUAGAUUCAAUCAGUAAUUUUAAGAACUAAUGGACUGAAUUAAAAUACAUUUUGUUCCGUCUUAAUUUCCUCCACUUUAGGUUGAUUGAACUAUUCCUUUUUAAAGAAAUAUUUAUGGACAAAACUUGAACAAAACAUGUGGUUUUUGAGUGUAUAUACGCUUUCAUGCUGUAAAUAUACACAUCCUUCUUUG